AUGCCGCAAAGAACGUCGAAUAAAGUUAAGGUUUAUCUUCGCACACGGCCAACGAACAAUUUCGCCUCGGAUAUCAUAUCAUUUGGUCGUGACAACCGAACUGUUACAAUUCAUCGAGCUCCAUCGGCAAAUACGGUUGUUGAUAAUAACGUAACCGACUGGAGUUUCCAUCUGGAUGGACUGUUUCAUAAUGUUAAUCAAGAGGAGAUAUUUAAUGCUGUAGCAAAAGAUGUUAUUGAUCGAAGUUUAGAUGGCUAUAAUGGCACAAUUAUGUGUUAUGGACAAACAGGAGCUGGUAAAACACACACAAUGACUGGUUUUAGUGAAAGUUAUCCAAAUCGCGGCAUAAUACCUAGAGCACUUCAACAUAUCUAUCAAGAAAUUAAUUCAAGACAAGAUUACUCAUAUUCCAUACGAAUUGCAUAUUUGGAAAUUUACAAUGAUCAAAUGUGUGAUUUGUUACGGACGGUGGAUACACCAAAUGAUUUAAUUCAACAGCAAUUAAGUAUCGGAGAAGAUAGAGGACUUGUUUACGUCAAAGGCUUAUCUUAUCGAAUUGCUAAUAGCGAAGAAGAAGCAUUAAACCUCUUGUUCGAAGGUGAAACAAGUCGUUCCAUUGGUCAACAUAUUCUCAAUAAACAAUCAUCCCGCUCUCAUUGUAUAUUCACAUUAUUAAUCGAAUGUCGUUCAAUAUUAGCUUCAGACGAAAAAUAUACUGUUUCAAAAUUGAAUUUAGUUGAUCUAGCAGGGUCAGAACGUCUAGCAAAAACGAACUCACAAGGUAUCGCUCAACGAGAAGCAACAUUUAUCAAUAAAUCAUUAUCGUUUCUUGAGCAAGCUGUGCUGAAUUUAUCUGAUAAGAAAACAAAUACUGUACAUUUUCGUAGCAGUAAACUAACACACGCACUAAAAGAUAGUAUUGGUGGACGAUGCAAUACGGUUAUGAUAGCGAAUGUGUGGCCAGAAACGCAGCAUUUAGAAGAAACUGUUUCAACACUUCGAUUUGCCAGUCGUAUGAUGUGUGUGCCAGCUGAGCCAGCGGUCAAUGAAGUCGUUGAUCCAAUUAAAGCAGUUGAAAAUUAUAAAAAAGAGAACAAAUAUCUUCGUGAAGAAUUAGCGUUGCAUGACACAUUACAUGGAAAUAGAAGUGGAAUAUCAUACGAACCAUUGUCUGAACAACAAUUAUAUGAAAUUGAAAAUCAAUGUCGACGAUUUAUCGACGGAUCAUUAGAUGAACUUGAAAUAAAAAAUGUGCGACAAGUCCAAGCUGUAUUUAACACUUUAAAAAAUAUUUGCAAAUCAACAGAUGGAGAAGUCGAGAAGAAAUAUCGCGAGCGUUAUGUACUGAUGGAUAAGAACGAAUAUGACCAAACUGAUGGACAGAAGGCAAGAUAUACUGUUGCAGGGACAAAUCAAAAUGAUAAUAGUACAGGCGAGUUGGAUGGACAAGGUUUUGGUUCUGGAAAUGCGCCGAAAGAUGCACGUACCAGUAAAGACCAAUUGCUAAAGAUGACAAAAAAUAAACGUGGAGUAAAAGCGUCAGUACAGAGGUACGUAUCGAAAUUAGGCAGUGUUAACGUUAAACCUACGUUAAAACGCAACACAACUGAAGAAGAACAAAUGUCACGGUUAAAAGAUUCUCGAGAGUCAACUGAUGUAUAUUACGGUCCACCAGAAACAGGUGCCAAAGAGCAAACGCAACCAAGUACUCCACCAACACGAAAUGUAGCAUUCGAAGAAUUCAGACAGACUCGUGGAAGUAAUUUAAAUGCAAUUUAUCAAGAAAAUAAAGAUAUAAUGUUAGCUAAAAAGAAACAGUUUGCUGAAUUAGCCCGUCGAAUAAAUCAGACAAAAGGCGACAUUGAUAAAACACGAAUGGAUGCUGAACGAAAAAAGAAUGAACGUCUUAAUUUAGGCGAAUUUACAAAUGAAAAUGGUGAAACAAUAAUUGAUGAAGAAGAAUAUGAACUAAUAUCAAAAUUACAAGAAUUAAAAGCAAAUUAUCGCGUUGAUUUUGAUAAUUGGAAAACGUUGAAAUCAGAAAUUGCCUACUGUCAAAAUUUAGUGAACCAAUGUCAACAACGACUUAUUCAAGAAUUUGAUUCUUGGUUCAACGAUUCUUAUUUGUCAACGAAUAAAGAUACGAGAUCGGCAAAUGGACUUGGAAAGACAAAUCAAUUUCAAGUUUACGAAGAUGCUGCUGAACGAUUUGAACGUAUGCAAAAAGAACUGCUGAUGAGUGAUUUGGAUAUGUUUUUCUUGGUUACCCAAGUGCGCUUGGAGCGUUUAAAAAUAAAAACGCGUUCCAGUGCGUUUGACACAAAAAAACGUCUGGAAACGCAUGCAAUGCAAGAUUUAUGGUAUGAAGAUGGUAUAAACGAAACGCAGCCAGACGCAUUUAUGUAA